CUACGAUUUUGCUUUCUUCCUCUUUUCCUUCCCCCCCAAUGAAUGAUUUUUUCCAAGUGACAUUUUUUCGCCUUUCUGAAAAAAGCGCUUGGCAGAAGAAAUUAAUGAACAUAUAUUUUUUUUUUGGUAAAGCGAGGCCCCCACUUGGGUUUCCUCUUAGUAACAUAAAAAUCGCGACGUACAUAAAUCUGUGAUGAAUUCACGCCCGAAGGCUGCCAUAUUAUACGCACGGGAAAAGGCAAAGGCUGAGGGGAAGGCUGCGGUGAAGGAACCAAACCGGAAGCGCUGUUCAUCGUAACAUGACAUUUGUGCGUCCCCUAGGGAGCUAUUUACUGGCGCACGUGAGGGCGUGAGCGGAUUAAUGCGUUCCAUGGGGCUGCAUCGUAAAUAAAGCAGCACUCAACCGCUCUCACGUUUGGAAUAUCACCUCUUGGGGCCUCUCCCCCUCCUUCGGUAUACACUUGGGUGUAUACACUCCGGUGAACAUUUGCCUACAUCGUGGGGCGCGACCCUCCCCUGCGCGGCAACACACGACUAACUGUUUGAUGAUUAACAAACAUUACGCAGCAACACACGUCCUGACGAGCAAUUGCACCCCGUGUAUGUAGUGCAGCCCAUUUGUGUACGCGUGAAGAAUUGUACAAGCGCAUACACGUGAGCAGCAGAAUAUAUUUCCAUUUGCUUGCACACUUGGGGGACCACACCUUCUGUUUCGGCACAGCAAGUCAGGAGCAGGCACAUGCUGGAAAUCGCCUCUCUUGAUUUCGUGCAAACGGAAGUGCUACUCCCACCACGGUGCGGGAUAAACGCAUUUGAAUAUUUAUAUUCGUAUGUGUCCUCUCCCCCCAUUAAGUUCACUUUGUUUUGUUAGCCCUUUACCCGGAAGUUGGCCCCCCCCAUAAGUCACCCCUCGGCUGAGUGUUGCGCCGAAAGAGUAUUUAGGAGGCCAGUUGUGAGACAAACGUAGGGGUCAAACCGCUACCAAUACCGCGAAGCGCGCUUCCCCUCGCGCUGUGGCAUCCCAGUUGAGUAGGGUCCAAUUGGAGUGCAGGUAGUAGCCCCACCCCUGCCGCGUCGCACGAAGAAUCAUCAGACGGUGGUCGAUACCACUGCCGUUGAACAUUUCGGGGUGACAAAAUGGUGCUGACGGAGCUGGGGACGCAGCUGACGUGCGCGCUGCAGAAGCUGCAGGCAUCAGCUGUGGCGGACGACAGCGCAAUUGAAGAGUGCCUGAAGGAAGUGAUGAGAGCGCUGAUCUUGGCGGAUAUAAACAUCAGCUACCUGAAGGAUAUAAAAAGUAAUAUAAAAAAAAAUAUUGAAAAAAAUAUCGAUUUGUAUGGAAACAAUAAAAAGAGACUGGUGCAACAGUACGUGGUGGAGGAGCUUAUAAACCUCCUGGAAGGGAAGAAAGAAUCCUAUGUGCCCAAGAAAGGAAGUCGAAAUGUCAUUUUGUUUGUCGGGCUGCAAGGAAGUGGAAAAACAACCACCUGUACGAAAUUCGCACAUUAUUAUCAAAAGAAAGGAUUCAAAACGGCCUUAGUAUGUGCAGACACUUUUAGAGCGGGGGCUUUUGAUCAGCUGAAGCAGAACGCCGCGAAGGUAAAGAUCCCAUUUUAUGGAAGCUACUCAGAAGUGGACCCUGUAAAAAUUGCAAGUGAUGGAGUUAAUGCAUUUUUAAAAGAAAAAUAUGACCUAAUCAUUGUAGAUAGCUCCGGUAGACACAAACAAGAGAGUGAAUUAUUUGAAGAGAUGAAGCAGGUGGAAAGCUCCAUCAGACCAGAAGAAAUCGUCUUCGUCAUUGAUAGUCAUAUCGGGCAGAGUUGCCAUGAUCAAGCGAUGGCUUUUAAAAACUCAGUUACUUUAGGGAGUAUCAUUAUUACCAAGAUAGAUGGACAUGCGAAGGGAGGAGGGGCCCUCUCCGCAGUGGCAUCAACAGGUUGCCCAAUCACAUUUAUCGGUACAGGUGAACACAUUAACGACUUUGAAAAUUUUGAAGCAAAGUCAUUCGUUUCGAGACUCCUAGGGUUGGGAGAUAUUAACGGACUGGUAUCCACUUUAAAAGAAGUAAUAGACAUAGAAAAACAGCCGCAGCUGAUUAACAGACUGUCGAAAGGGAAAUUCGUAUUGAGAGAUAUGUACGAUCAAUUUCAAAACGUUUUUAAAAUGGGGAGCCUAAGUAAAGUUAUGUCGAUGAUCCCAGGUUUUGGGAACAACCUAAUAAGUAAAGGUACAGAAAAAGAAGGCAUAGAAAAGAUAAAAAAAUUUAUGGUUAUUAUGGACUCUAUGACAAAUGAAGAAUUAGAUUGUGUAAAACCGCUCAACGAUAGUAGGUGCCUGAGGAUCUGCAAAGGGUCAGGUACACGUCUGCAAGAUAUACGAGAGCUCUUGGAACAAUUUAAGUUUCUAAAAAAUAUGGUCUCCAAAAUGGGGAAGCUCGGAUUGAGGGAAAAUAACCUGAACUCGUUAAUGCGAAACCAGAAGCACUUCCUCAGCAAAAUGAAUAACUUUAUUGACCCCAGCAUGCUGGGGCAGAUGGGCGGCCCGAAUAACAUGGUCAACAUUUUGAAGGAGUUUACGAAGAUGGACGAUUUGGGCGGCUCCAUGGCGAACAUGAUGAAGCAGAUGGGGUUUAAGAAGUGAGCGGGGGAAGGGAAUGGGGAAAAAAGGAGACAGAGGAGAGAAGAGGCGAUGGGAGGGAGAAAACUCCAUUCGGAUUUCACCCCUCGGACGAUAUUAAGAAUGCUCUCCUCGUGGUGCAUACGUCUCUCCUUUUCGCCAUCCCUCUGGAGGGGGUAACUCCCUGAAGGGUGUUCAUCCAAGUGGACACAUUUUUUACAACACAUUGGGAGGGAGAUAUAUAUUCGGGUCAGUUCCUUUGCAUUUUCCGCAAAAUGGGACCCUUCUGUGCGUAGCUCAUUUGGAGGAGCUAUGCGCGGAGGGCGAAAUGAAGAAGAAAAUAAUUUCCCCCUCUGGACACACGUUUCAACGUUGGCAAGUGUGCAGACGGAGAGGAUAAGACGCAGGGCCGAGAAUCACCUGCUUAAGUCCCGCACCCAUGAGUGUUUAAAAAAAAAACAGCUGAGGAUACCGCUUCAUCAGAGGAAAAUGCCAGCAGCUGUUCGUAUCCUGCGAGAGGGGGUGCAAAAGAGGACACCACCGUCGUCUUCCCAACGUUUUGCAGCGCCCCUUUUUUAUGUCACAUUUUUGCGUCCCCAAGGUGGGGAGAAGGCUGCCUGCAGGGGCAGCGGGGGCAGCAGUGAAAGCUGUACCAUUGUGCAUAUACUACUUAUGCGCAUUAUAUAAAUGUAAUUUUUUUUUUUUUUUUUGUUUUUAAUUUGUCACCACCGAAAUAGCUAGCGCGGGUGUUUCUGCCUCCCAUGAUGCUCUUUGUUCUCCCCUUUGUAAACUUUUAAAAUUAUUUAAAUUAAAGU